GUCGGCUGUUUCUGUUACUAGCCAAAGUUUAGGUUUUAAAAUCAUAAUAGCGUUGAAGUGAAGCGUUAAUUUAGAGGCUAUAUCUAUAUAUAUUUAUAAGAUAUAUGUGUAUAUAAUUUCGCAAUGUCAAAAAGCAGCGAUACAAAUUAUAGCCAAAGUUAUAAGCUUGUUGUUGUUGGAGGUGGUGGUGUUGGGAAAAGCGCGCUUACUAUACAAUUCAUACAGUCGUAUUUCGUAACAGACUAUGAUCCAACUAUUGAAGACUCCUAUACUAAGCAAUGUGUGAUUGACGAUGUAGUGGCUAGACUUGACAUUUUAGACACAGCCGGCCAGGAAGAGUUCAGCGCCAUGCGGGAGCAGUACAUGCGAUCAGGAGAAGGCUUUCUUCUCGUCUAUUCGAUCACCGACCGAAACAGUUUUGAUGAAAUUUACAAGUUUCACAAACAGAUUCUGCGGGUGAAAGAUCGUGAUGAGUUCCCUAUGCUGCUGGUAGGGAACAAAGCUGACCUUGACCACCACAGACAGGUAUCCUCAGAGGAAGCACAGCACCUGGCACAGCAAUUGAAGCUACCCUUCAUGGAGUGCAGUGCCAAGGUUCGCAUGAACGUCGAUCAGGCCUUCCACGACCUCGUGCGGAUAGUCAGGAGAUUUCAAGCGGCAGAGCGACCACCUGUGAAGCCGAAGCCCCAGAAGCGACGAUGCACCAUCUUGUGAACACUGCGAGAUCAGCCAUGAGCAGGCGAGGGCAGUGGCUCGUAGGCACCGUGUUACACGGUUCGUAGUUGAUUAAGAGUUUUAGAAUUAUCACAAUGCAUCAGCGAUUUUCCUCGCGGAGGUUAAUGUGCACUGCGACUGUCUGCAUGUGAAGGGUAGCAUCCACGUUUGGGUGAACGUGUUUAAGCAUUCGUGCGGGCAGCUAUUUCAGAGACCAGUUUACCUACCCACGUUUCUGACAGAAUUGCCUUCCUCGACGAAUGCGCUUCUCUCGUAAAAUCUACUAUGGCUUUUUUUCUCUUUCCUCGCGGACUGUUGGACGGAAACGUCGACAUGCGUGUGUGAGUUGACGUGUGUGCGGUUGUGACAGUCGAUUUUUACAAAGGGCUGCAAUUAGCCUGACACCGAUUGGAAUGUGGCUUCACUGUGAUUUCUUCUUCUGGUAUUGAUAGGGGAGUUUAGGUAUUAACAGAAGUGAAUCUGUAGGCACACCUUACGUGUGAUUCUGCAGCUGAGUAUGUUAACAGGUUAGCCAUUAUGAACAAACCGCGUAUAUGUUCAGCAUCGGUUGGUUAAUGAGGCAGCAAAUACAUGCCAAAAUAGCAGCUGCGUCACUGGCGCUAAUCCAGGUAUAUUGAUCGAGUAUAGAUGCCACAUUCUAGUUGCAAUCGUCACUUGGCUGCUCACAUAUACAUGCAUUGUAUAGCUAGUGAAAAAAUGUUCCAAAAGUUGGAGUCGCCAUGUUGGCGUUUCCGUAAACUGACAGCGAACGCGUCUUUCAUGCGUGCUGAGAAUUGACGUGAUCCGAGACAGAUUAUGCUGCAGUCUACCCUCCCUGUUGUUCUAAAUGUCGUUCCACACAAGUGCCUUUUAGUUUACCCCUCCCCAGGUUUCGUGUGUAGGUCGCCGUGACUCGUGCACACCUCUGUGUGUGUCGAGCAUGGAAUGAGACCUGCUCUAGCUCACUGAGGGCUCGUUCGUGUCGUCAAGACCAAUUUAUCAUGAUUACACAUAUCAUUAGGUGCACGUUGUGCAAGCGAUACGUAGUAGAAGCACAGCUGUGCGCUCUUGGCGUGGCGCUGGCUUUGGAAAGUAUCUGUGAUCUCUUGAAACGCGACAAACGGCUCAUAACAACAAAUAGUGGCUGGUUUUAUUAGUUUUCUUAGUAAUUUUCUGUUUAGUAUCUGGUCUUAUUAGUGGAUGGUAUUUGCGAACAUGUAGGUAGUUUGACUUUAAGUUAUAUAACUAAACCUCGUUAUAAUGUGUUACUCCCACAAGUUACAAUUCCUAACCCUACUUGCCUAACGAGUUAUAAAGUCCUUCUUCACCCGUUAUGAAGCUUACCCCACAGCUAUAAAGCCUGCAACCCCAGCAUAGAUACCACUUUCCCGCAGUUAUUCCAUCGUGAAUGUACCAGAUUCCUGUAAUUGUUUUCAUUUGCGUUCUCUAAUGGCCAUUUUCAUUGCGAUUUUUUUCACUCAAAUCUCCAGUCCAAACUUUUAAUAUGUGUUAUCUAUAUAUUGUGCAUGUACACACAAUAAUUUUACACGUACAUAUCUCUGAUAGGUGCCCGUGUGACUAUUAUUACUGAGAAGGUUCCGUUAUGCAUAAUCACAAAUCCCAAAAAAAUUACUAUAUAUGUUACUGCUUUCAUUUUUUUGAAAUCAUAUUCUGAAGUAAUGUGCAGCAGAUGGAUAAUUUGUGUCCUUCUGGCUUUACUUAAUUUGAAAUUAAACUUGCGUGUUAUUAUUGUGAUAAAAUCAAGCCAAAAUCAAAUGUAAUCUUUAUGUGUUCUAUUGACCUGUUAGCUAGAUACCAACGACAAUCACUUUUUUGCUACUCGCAUAAUGUGUAAGAAUCUUGUUUGCAUGAUCAAUUCUUAGUGGGGACAAUCAGUAAAAUUAUCAAGACUAUAAGAAUUAUAUUCAUCAGUGCUAUUUUAAUUAUAUAUAUAUUGUUCUUAGGAUAAGGCUGUGACAUGCCAGGCGUGUAGUUGGAAACAUAGUCAAAUAGUCUCUCUACUCGAGUUGCUCUCAGUAAACCUGCCGUCUAAUGGCAUCUGUAGCGCUUGCAUCAGACUGUUGAUAUCAGCAGUAGCAUAUAUGUAUCAGCCUGUGUAUGGCAGUGGGAGUGCCGGGCACAAGCCCAGUGGUGACAGAAGUAACGUGUGUGUCAGCCACUGCAUCAGUUUCAUUUGACUAUGUGUGUAAUAAGGAUGUGUUACGAUUUUUUUGUCACACAAACAAAAGGAUAACAUGGGUUAUUUUCCAUUAAAUUCCACUAUUCAAGGAAGUUAUUAAGCUUAAUUAGGUUACACUAUCUAUUAUUGUUGGUAAAUGACUAAAAUCCUGGUUUAAAGGUUGCUACUGUGUUAUGCAUGGUGUCAUUGCAGGUGCUGCCUCUUGUGCUGAUGAGGUAUGUUUUUAUAUUGCACAUUACAAUAAUGGACUGAAUAAUAUCAGGAGUGAAUAAUAGAAAAUCUCUAUUAUUCACUCCUGAUAAUAUCAGCUCUCAUUGUUAGUUUCAGUGAAAUUAUGCAUUAUAAAUGCUACAUAAACAUUUUAUCAUCAUUGAGAUUCGUCUCACUACCGUUGAUCUCCUAUGUAAUACAGUCAGAAAAUUUCACACUAAAAAAUUCAUAGAUUCUAAUGUACCAUUAGAAAUCACCCCAAAUUUAACAGAAAUUAUUCAUAAACAUUAUAAACUAAAGUAAUGUUAUUUUUUCAUUGUAAAAGUUUCUAAUGAUAUUAAAAUACCGUAUAUAACAUCGUAAUAUACAAUCAUAGCAGUGUGUACAAUAACAAAGUGGUAACGUCAGUUUCUGUGUGCCCAUAUGCGUGCCUUUGCAUAAGUGAGUGCAGUUUAAAUCUGGAGUUAGCUGGCAACUUCUUAAACUGUGUGCCUUACGACUUGUAGUAGUAUGGCACCAAACAAUUUAAAUACUUUUUAGUGGUAUGUGCCUGAUUGCUAAUCGUAGUAAUAGGGUAGUCUAUAUACGGUGAAAACGUAUUCAUAUCAGGUGCCUUAUUACUGAUUGCAGUAUUAGGGUAAUGUAUAAGGUUAGCUCUGCUUUCUACUGCGAACCUCAAUAUUAAUUACAGUAUUAGAGUUACUAACGUAUGAGUUAAGCACUUCUUUGUACUGUGAACCUCACUACUGAUUGCAGUAAUAGGGUAAUGUAUACGGUAAACACAUCUUUAAGCCA